AUGGAGGAGCUGCGGCCCGGGCAGUACCCCGCGGCGCGGGCGGCCGCGCUGGCCGCGGGCUGGCUCCGGUACCGGCGCGGCGGGCCCGGGCGGGCGCCGGCGCUGCGGGCCGUGCGGCGCGCGCGCAGGCAGAACAUCGCUGAUGUUGGGCACAAGUACCACCUGGAACUGGUGCUAGAAGAUGUCCUUGACCAAGACAGUACUGUUAACUGCACUGCUGAGGUUCUUUAUCAUCUGGGCAGCAAAGACAUUGCUCCAGAUGUGCAAUUCACGCUUGAAGGAGAACUUAAGAACACAGAUGAAACAGACAAGCUAUUCUACAGUCGAAUCAAGAGCCUGGAAAACGAGCUGAUGGCUGAGAACAUCCCAGACAGCCAUGGACACGUGUCCCCCGAGAUGGAGCCCAUCCACGUGCUGGCCUGGGUCGCCUCUGGCUACAUCAUAUGGCAGAACUCAACUGAGAACACUCAGUUCCAGUUUGCCCAAAUUAAGCGUGUGAAGCAAGUGAAAAGAAGUGACGAGUUUCUUGAAUUUGACUACACGAUUCUACUCCAUGAGAUGGUGUCCCAGGAGAUCACUGCCUGGCAGAUGACAGUUCUCUGGCACCCACAGCAUGGCGUUCAAGUAACACAGGCCAGCCGUCAGCCAGAAGAGACUCCAGAGUGAGACUACUCGACAGCGCAACGGAAGCAGCUCACAUGCCACAAGAAGCCUUUGCAGGGAGGGCAGAUAAGUUAAUGAGGCACAAAGCAAAGAAUUCUUCCUCCAUUAAAGUUUUCCAGUACCUUGGGCUUUGAUAAUCCAAAAGGCACUUUAUCUGCCAGUAAUCAGACUCUGCAUUGAAAGAAGUUUGAAACCCCUCUGUUGCCAGAAGGAAUCACUUACGGCACAGGCGCACAGAUGUUCUCCCUGAAGGCAACUUUUGGCUUUCCCAUGGUGCAGGGGCAUCCAUAUUCCCUUUCCAUUCGCUGCAGGAGGAAGAAAGCAAACAGAAUGAAAUACAGUGUUCCACUGGAACAACCAGAAAUCAUUGUAUUUAUGCAUCUUUCCAAAAUGAGAAGCUUAAUCGGGGUGAGCCAGUUACUCAGUUUGGGGUUGGACUGAUCUUUGGGGUCUUGGCUGGUGGGGGACUGUUGGGGUCUUUUUAAAGGUUACAAAUGAUUCCCUGUUAUUCUGCAGUCAGCUUUGUUUAGUGCCUGUAGCUUUAGAUACAGGGAAAGGGAACAGCAUUAACUCUUUUUCUCAAGUGGAAAUUUUCCAAGGCAAAAGCCAUCUUGUCCUCUUUCUCUCAGCAUUUCUGAUACAUCUGUUGUGUUACAACAAAACAAAGUACAAAAGAAACAAAUAAAAUCACUAAAA